CCGGAGGGUGCCACUCGUCCUUGGACACUGACCUACAAUCCGAGCUAGAGCUCGCCAGCGCCUACCUUGCCCUACACUCCUCAUCUCCUUCGGCCUCCGACAAUGCCGCGGCGCACGCCUAUGUGCCACCGGCGUCUCUUUCGUGCAUGCCUGAGCCCGAUCCUUUCGCCGACGUCCCGUACGACCACUUGUACCCGAACACCAUCUCACCGGUCCUCCAGUCAGCUACCGAUAUACAUGAACUCCCGGCCAUGACCAUCGAGCCGUGGAUGCUUAGAAGCACCAUCCCAGUCGAGAGCGCCUAUUCGACCAUCGCAGACGCGCUCGGCCCGGGGUGCUGCCCCGCGGACGUGUUCGCGCCGCCUCUGCCUCUGCCUCCACCUCCGCCUCCGCCGCUGCCUGCCAGUACCACCGCGCCUUUGCAGCCUGAGAAGACCCGCGGCUGCCCGAAGAAGUCACAGAAGAAUUCGCGCCAGCGUAAAAACACCCGCAUCUGCGAACAGGCUUCCCCCGCUCCUCCGUCCUCUCCCUACCCUUCCUCUCCCGCCGCAUCGUCGACGUCGACGUCGUCACGCGCGUCGUCCCAGCCAGACAUCAUCCCGACCACGCGCCGCAACGACCCCGUCUUCCCCGCGUCACAGCGCCGCGUCACCUCAAGCAAGUGGGAGUGCCCGUACUGCAACUACGUGCAGCGCAAGCGGCGCGGGCCGGACAUCCGGCGGCACAUCGAGACGCACAAGCGCGACGCGAAGAGCACGGCGUACAUGUGCUGCGGGGUCCCGCUCGCGGACGCGGCGGAUCUUGGAGUGCCCGCGAAGGUGAGGGGCGAGGAUCCGGUCGAGUACGCGGGGAUAAUGAUGGUGGGCGGGUGCAGGAAGACGUUCAGCAGGAAGGAUGCGCUGGGGCGGCAUCUCCGCAAGUAUGAGGGGGUGUGCUUUGGGGACGUGCACGCGCCGUAUCUGCUGGGGAACAAGCGUAAGGGCGGGUCUCAUUGA